UUGUGGUUCAGGAGCUCUCAGGGGCUGCACGCGCUGAAAACGGGUGGCGGGAGCGGGAAUGGGAGAAGGAGCGGCCGAGCAAGCAAGGGAGCAAGAAGAGCGGCGCCCCGGCCCGGCCCGGCCCCAGCAGCAGUGGCAGCACUAACCCGCAGGCGCCAGGUACGGCCGCGGGACCCGGCCGCGGAGCCCGCCGAAUCCUCGCCGUCUCUGAAGCGCGCGCCCCCUCUCGCCCCAGUCCCGGCUGCCGGGCUGCGCUCGCCUGAAGGCGCUCGCCGUCGCCCCUCUCCUCCACCAUGAACACCAUCGUCUUCAAUAAGCUUAGCAGCCAAGUGCUGUUCGAAGACGCCGCCAAGGAGAGGGAGAGGAGCGGCAGCCGGCCUUACGGGGCGGUCUUGAACGUCUCCCCCCACCCGGAGAUGCUCAUCCCCGACAGCCCGUCUAUAAAAGAGAACCUCAGCCUUCGCCACAGGAGGACAGGUACCCGGCAGAACAGUGGGAAGGUGAGGCACAAGCGCCAGGCACUGCAGGACAUGGCACGGCCACUAAAGCAGUGGUUGUACAAGCACCGAGACAAUCCGUAUCCCACUAAGACUGAGAAGAUCUUGUUGGCUCUUGGCUCCCAGAUGACUCUGGUGCAGGUAUCAAAUUGGUUUGCCAAUGCAAGACGUCGCCUUAAAAAUACUGUCCGGCAACCAGACCUCAGCUGGGCUUUACGAAUCAAGCUGUACAACAAAUAUGUUCAAGGAAAUGCUGAAAGACUUAGUGUAAGCAGCGAUGAUUCAUGCUCAGAAGAUGGUGAAAACCCUCCAAGAAGCCAUAUGAAUGAAGGAGGAUACAACACACCCGUUCAUCACACUGUGAUUAAGACGGAAAGCUCAGUAAUAAAAUCUGGAGUAAGACCAGAAGGGAGUGCCAAUGAGGAUUACGUAUCGCCCCCCAAAUACAAAAGCAGCUUGUUGAAUCGUUACCUGAAUGACUCGUUGAGGCAUGUCAUGGCCACAAAUGUAGGCAUGAUGGAAAAAACAAGGCAAAGGAAUCAUUCUGGUUCAUUUAGCUCUAACGAAUUUGAGGAGGAACUGGUGUCCCCGUCAUCCUCUGAAACUGAAGGCAACUUUGUCUAUCGGACAGAAACUCUGGAAAAUGGACCUAGCAAGUGUGAAAGUGCAGCUAACAGAAAGAGUUCAGACAAAGAUGAGACAUAUUGGAAGGAGAUCAACGCAGCAAUGGCCUUAACAAACCUUGCACAAGGAAAGGACAAACUGCAGGGAACAACCAGCUGCAUUAUUCAGAAAUCGUCACAUAUAUCAGAAGUAAAGACUGUCAAAGUGCCACUAGUACCACCGUUUUAAAGAGAGUUGUUACUUUUCUUGUUCAACACAAGCGGACAUUUUUCAUGCCAUUGUUUUUUCCAUAAAAUCAGAAUGAGAGGUGUGAAGCAAUCAGAUUCCGUUCGUUGCAUGGUCAGUAAAAAUAAUAAUGGGCAUUGCCCACUGGAAAGUUCUCACACAUAAGCACUAUUAAAAUCAAUGGGAAUUUUACAAGAGCCUGCUACUGUUCUUGCAUGAUUCCUAUUCAUUUCAGUAGUGUUUUUGCAAGAGGCCUUCCCAAUGAAUGCACAAUGAUGGCAAUAAACAAAUGUUCCCUCAGGCUAAAAUAUUUUGUUUUGUGAAAUAAGAUAUCAAAGCAGUUCUAUAAAGGGCAUGUAAAUUAUGGGGGGGGGACCCUCCCAAGUUUUUUUAAGUCAAAACUAUUAACUUAUUUUAUUGUAUUAAUCAAACUGCACAUUAAGCGCUGCAUUGCUAUAACAAUAAGUGCCUUGCUUUCAUACAGUAAGCUAGAACGUGGGCAUAGCUCAAUACAACUGUGCCUCAAAGUGUCAAUGCCAUAAUGCUUAACCUUUGCAUGUAAAUUUUAAAUGCAUCCUGACCAGUUUAAAGCUGACCUCAGAAGGAGUGUUUUUUAAAAGCCCUGGAGCAUUUGCCUUGUAGGGAUUAGUAAAUCUGUGCAGUGAAAUUGCUACAUUUUACAGUGGAAAAAUCCACUAUGUUACCAAGUAGUGUACAGUUUUUCAUACUCAAAUGGAAAAAAGUUGCUAUGUAUGUAUAGGGUUUUUUUCUGCCUGCAUUUGCCAUAUAUUAAAUAUACCAAAACAAUUCCUUUAAUAAGUGCAAUACUGUGGGGGGGGGGAGCCUCAAUUUUUUUUAAAUGAACAUCCUGAUUAUUUACAUUAAAGGCUUUACAUUAGACUUAAAGCAGCUCUUGCUUCAAUUGCUUUGUAAUGUGAAUGUAAAAAGGGGGGGAAACCCUCCAAAAUCCACAGUUGGACAAUACCUUUACAACAGUAUUGCCCAAUUGUAGAAAGUGUGUUUUCCCCCCCAUAUGGACCAACAGGGCUGCCUUUGUUUGUUAUGUAAAGAAAAAUGUAUAUUGACCAGAAUAUUCACAUUUCAGUGCCUCUCCUCAGAUUGGCUUCUGCAUUGACACUGAUUAGAGGUGAAAGUGCAUAGCAAGGCAGCCACUCAAAGAGGAUUUAAGCCUUACAUAUGAACAUACUUUGAUUAUGUAGUUCAAAUGUUUAAAUAUAAAAAGAUUCAUUGUGAUAGUUUAAGUCAUUGUCCCAAUGAAACCAGCAGUACAUCCAGGUUUGAUUCCUUCCUUUUAAACUCUACUUCUGACUUAUUGAAACUGUUAUGUAAGUAAACAAAGCCGAUCACUUUUCUGGUACCAAAUCAAUCUAUGCAUCAGUUUAUUAUUUAUACUGGAGCUCAAUAAUGUUCCACGACGGAAACUAUUAUUGCCUUAAUGCAUCCAAAAUGUUUUUUAUUUUGGUACGGAAUGUAUCAAAUGAAGACAACCCCCAUUUCAAGGAAGGGGAAAAAAGAAGAAAGCAUAAUGAAAUCUAUAUAUUAAUAUAAAGUAAAAAGUCUGAAUUAAAAACAUAUGGGGCACACAACACACCAAACAAUUGGGGCACUGAAACAAUUUAAAGUCAAAGUAGAUGCUAAAUUGGGCAUUAAAAACAACAUUUUAAACUCCUAAAUUUGACUGCCAUUGAGUAAAGCAAGUUGUAUAAAAUCAGUUUUUAUGGACGUAUACAGGAUUUUUCUUCAACCAUACAAAAAUAUUCUAAUUAGGUUCACCCUCUUGGAUAAACAGUAAAACCAAACAUAGCUUAUACUGAGUCGGUAAAAGAAAACUGGAAAAAGAGUUAAUGGUCCAUAGUCCAGUUUAGGGGAAAUUGAAACCUAGUUUAUUUUCCUUAAACCCACUUGAAUGUUACAUUCAAAUAACAGUAUCCAGAUUAAAUUUGUAAAUCUAGUUUGAGUUCCUAGUUUGUAAAUAGGGUUUCAGUUCAAGAAAGCUGCUAAUCCUGUUUUUACACUCAACCCAGUUCUUUAUAUAACAAACCCUGGUUGAGGUAGGCAAAGCAGAGUCACAACUCUGAUAAUCAUGCAAAACACCUAGAACCUGACCCAGUCCAUCCCCUCUGCAGGUAUUGGGCAUCUUCAGUUACCCCAUAAAAAAAGCUCUCCAGAUGCAAGAGGCCUACUGACAGUAUGAGGAUUACAUUAAGGGCUUUCUAUGCAUGGAAGAGCACAGUCUGGAACUGGAUUUCCUUGUACAUUUGCUGGUUUGCUUAUAUGUUUGUGGUACAGAAGGUGUGGGUAACCUUUGGCCCUCCAGAUGUUGCUAAAUUACAGCUUCCAUCAUCCGUGGCUAUUGGCCAUGCCUGCUGGGGCUGAUAGGAGUUGCAGUUCAGCAACAUCUGAAGUACCAAAGGUUCCUCUUAGCUACAGUACAAUAAUGAGAUUAAGGCAAUACAGCCAGAUCAAAAUAAACUAGAUUUCAAUUUUAAAUCUGAACUGAGUUUUGGUUUGGAUAACCUAUUAUAUUUUUACUCCUAGCCCUCUGCUAUUAAUAAAACUCUCUUCAUCUCUGUGUUGCCGAUGCCUUGUUUUCUUGACCUAUAUGGCAAUCAUAUAGCAAGGAAGAUCAAACCUUUGGUGAAGCUGACUUUCAGGUAUGCAAAACGUUGCUCAAGCAUAGUCAGUUCCAAUUGCACUAAUAUAAUCUAGAUAGCAGAUAUCAAACCGUGAUGUAACUUGUAGAAUGCCUCUUGAUGUAACAUAGCAUUUUGUGGUUGUGGUUGUUUUAAAG